AUGUCAACUGGCUCAGUGACAAGCGAUGCUGAGGACUUCGAGACUUGCCACAGCAGGACCGCGGCCCUCCGGGAAAGAGCCAGGCGGCGAAUGGCCUACUACAAUCCCAACGGCUGUUCUGACGGGGAACUGGACGACGGCGUUUACGGGAAGAGCAAGGAGGAGCACAAGCUUUCCAAGUCGCAUCCGAAAGACACGAGGCAGUCGCAGAGGAACGCGGCCAACGCCAGGGAGAGGGCGCGGAUGAGAGUGCUGAGCAAAGCCUUCUCCAGACUUAAAACUAGCUUGCCGUGGGUGCCGGCGGACACUAAACUGUCCAAACUGGACACACUGCGACUCGCCUCGAGCUAUAUAUCCCACCUCAGGCAGCUCCUGCAGGACGACCGGUUCGAGAACAGCUACGUGCACCCCGUUAACCUGGUAUGA